AUGGCAGAAGACCAAGCCAUAAAACACUUUCAAGAGCUAGUCUCCUCUGACCUGACCAUCGUAGACCCAACGUCUAUUCAAAUCCGUGCCAAUGCUUUAGUAGCUCGUCUCAAAGCCCUCAAUAGAAAUGCAAAUGCUGCAACAAGAGCAUGCAAGCAAGCAACCACAGAGGCCCGCCAUGACAUGGAUCAGACACAUCUUGGCCUCCAGAAUCUGCUUUAUGAAAAGCGUCAUCUAGAGAGGGAGAUCGACAAGUGCAGGCAAUUCGCUUCCAUUUACCAGGACGUACCCUUGUACUCCCUGUCAGAGUUCAAAACUCUAGCACCACCUGAAGCGCGCUCAGAUGAUGUGCUGCAGAAUGUUCAUCAACUAAUGCUCAAUCGCCUAAGCUUCGAGCUUGUCGAAAGGCAAAGACUCGAUCAAAAAAGAAAAGAACUCACAGCACAGAAGGAAGAACUCCUUAAGCAUAGCAAGCUUAAGCUCGCAACCGUGGAAAGUGUCAAAACACAAAUAGAAUCACUCAUGAAGGCCGCCGCAGACAUACAGAAGAGAGUCGAUGAACUCGUACCGGCGCUCCCACCAUCUACAGCAACGACUCCCGCUCCUACUUGA